GAGUGGUCAUUUACAAGCCUCACCCACUUUUAAAGAUGGCGGCUUUAGACGAAAAACCUACUGAUUUAGAUUGUGCUCAUUAUUCUAAAGUCAUCAACACUUGGGAGCUCCUGGCUACUUUUUUAAAGAUAACUGAUCCAGAUAUAACCGCUUUGAAAAGAGAUUUUCCCGAUUAUAAUCAACAGAAGAUACAGAUGCUGUUUUUGUGGAGGAGGAAAAAUGGAAGGAGAGCCACUCGCCGUGUCUUAGCUGAAGCAUGUAGGAAUGCAGAAGAGGUAACUCUAGCUGAAAAAAUAGAAGGAAAGCCUGAGUCGGAAGUUGUUGCGUCGGAACCUGUCCUAGCUGCACCAAUCCAAGCCACAUCUACCGACCUAAGCAGCAGUAGUGCACCAACACACUUGUCAUAUAGAGAACCUACUCAAGCUCAAGACGAUUUUCCUGAAGGUCAAUAGUACAAUAGUAAUAAUAGUACUUCUAGGGUAAUUAGGCCUUUGAAUUGACUUGAACAUUAUGAAUAAUUUAAUAUAAAAUGUUAAGUUCAUAAUAAUGAUGACGAUGAUGAUUCUUGUAAUGAUGAUUUUUGUCAUUGUGUUUUGUACAUGUACAUUUUAUUUUUAUAUAAUAAUUCUUGAUAAUUUUAAUAAUUAUUAUUAUAAUGAAUGAUAUAAUCAA